GAAAAAGAGAGGCUGCCAGAGAUGGUUGCCUGCUUUAAAAGGAGGAGGAGGAGGAGGAGGAGGAAGAGGAAAAGAAGAGCAACAGUAACGCCCUUCUCCUUAGGUUCCUGCCUUCAGCCCUGGAGCCUGCUUUUUGGCGGGGGAUGCUUGGAAGGAAUUGCAGUUUUGACAAUGUGAUUGUACAGUCAUGAAAAACUUUAUGGCUUGAAAACUUCUGCUUUCAGGUUUUCAGAAUGGGAGCUUGUGCAUGAAGCAGUAAGAAGAGAAUAUGGAUGAUUUUGCCAAUGUAGGAAGAUAAUGGAUAUGAUUCCCUGAAAAAGCUAUAUCACCACCUCACAAAGCAAGCAUGGCUUUUGCCCAGUCGCACAUUAUGACAGCUAGAAGGCAUCAGCACAGUAGACUCAUAAUUGAAGUUGAUGAGUACAGCUCAAACCCAACACAGGCAUUCACGUUCUACAACAUUAACCAGGGACGUUUCCAGCCCCCACAUGUGCAAAUGGUGGAUCCUGUUCCUCAUGAUGCUCCCAAGCCUCCAGGAUACACUCGUUUUGUAUGUGUAUCUGAUACUCACUCCAGAACAGAUCCAAUCCAAAUGCCAUAUGGAGAUGUUUUAAUACAUGCUGGUGAUUUCACUGAACUGGGACUUCCUAGUGAAGUUAAAAAAUUCAAUGAAUGGUUAGGUAGCCUACCAUAUGAAUACAAGAUUGUGAUAGCAGGCAAUCAUGAGCUGACGUUUGACCAAGAGUUCAUGGCGGACUUAAUCAAGCAGGACUUUUACUAUUUCCCGUCUGUAUCUAAACUGAAGCCAGAAAGUUAUGAAAAUGUACAGUCUCUCUUAACUAACUGCAUAUAUCUGCAAGAUUCAGAAGUGACAGUGAGGGGCUUCAGGAUAUACGGCUCCCCUUGGCAACCUUGGUUUUAUGGCUGGGGCUUUAAUCUUCCACGAGGUCAAGCACUCUUAGAGAAAUGGAACCUAAUUCCAGAUGGGAUAGAUAUUCUAAUAACUCACGGACCACCUCUUGGUUUCUUAGACUGGGUUCCUAAGAAAAUGCAACGAGUGGGAUGUGUUGAACUGUUGAAUACAGUCCAGAGACGAAUACAACCACGUCUUCAUGUUUUUGGACACAUUCAUGAAGGUUAUGGAGUUAUGGCUGAUGGAACUACCACCUAUGUGAAUGCAUCUGUUUGUACAGUGAAUUACCAGCCACUCAACCCACCUAUAGUUAUUGAUUUACCGAAUCCAAGGAAUACAUGAUUAUUAAAGGACACGGAUAUGAAGCCCACAAUCUACUCACAACAUUAGCAGUGGUCUGCUACUAGCCAACAUGAUUACUGAACCUAUAUUAAAUUAUCAAAAUAUUUUUCUUCUUUCUUUAUGGACAAACUGGAAAGGUGAGAAUGGACAGAUAGCAUAAAUAUUUGGUAGCACAGCCUUCUGGAAGUACUUUAAUGGAGCUAGCAUUUCACUGAUUUGAAGUAACUUUUUAAUGAAACAAAGGGGGUAUGCUUUCCACAUUAUAUAGAGAUACACUGGUGCAUUUUGUAUAUUCUGUAUGUUAUACUGAACUUACUGAAAAGACAUGACUGUUCAGCAAAUUGAUUAUGAAUGUUUAUAGUUUUAUUUGUGUAAUGCUAAAUAACAGCAUUUGCUUAUGUUAAAAAUGGCUGCACAGGCCCAUCACGUGGACAGAUGUAGGUGUGCCAUGUUCUUUGAAGUAAUAUGGCACGUAUAGCACAGUACCUUAAAUAUUUGAGAGGCAAAAGGAAGCAAAAUUGUUGUUCUACCUUCUUUUCAAAUUUAAAAUCUUCCAAAAAUAUUUUUCGGGGGGGAAACCCAAAAAUGUGUAGAAAUUCUCCUUUUGCUUUUCACAUUGGAAGAGUUAAGGAAUAACUGGGCUGAUUACUGAAAUGCUGCACACUGCAGAAAAAUCAGAAAAAGCGGCAAUUCAGAUGGAAACUCAGGAAUAUCACCACUACCCUGGCUAAAUUCAGUUGCAAGUCCAACUAGAAUAAAUGAAAUAUAUCAAUGGGAUUUACAUAGGUGCUGAUAUAACAUUUACCAUUUAAUACAAUGGAUGUAAUUGGGACUAACAAUUGUAUUUACCCAAAGAAUUUUGCUCUCGUAAAACUUAAUUCUGUAACUUUAUGAUGCAGUUUUUAUGGUAUUGGGUUCAUGCAUCAGUCAUGUGUUCAUUCCAGUUUCUUCAUUUUUAAAAUUCUUUGGCAGUGUACAGAAUCUGCACCAACUCAUAACUGAUAACAGAUCUAUGUCAGCUCUGCUGUUGCUUUUCAUUAGCAUUUUUUAUUGGGGAGAAUAACAUUUUUAUUAUGUCAGAUAUGGCCUUUUCAUAACCCAAGCAUGGAACUUCACUUGAAUACGGUAACGAAGGACUGCAGGAAAAGAGGUUGCACCUCA